AUGAUCGUGUGCCGUGGCCGAGACCGCCUUGCUUCAUUGGCUAGGUCCAAAUUGGCUACCAUUGUUUGUGAGGAGGUGCUUCUAACUGACCUCCUGCAAGAUUUGAAGAGUAAGAGGGGAUUCACAACUCCUUUCCUUCAAUCCCAGUGGGAAGAGCAAAAGUCUUUGCAGCUCUCCGUUCAAGCCUACAAUGAUCAAGCCGGAAUGAAAAAGUUCGCCAAACUUUUGGAAGCCAAACGAUCAGCCCAGGCACAUUUGGAUGCAUUGGACGCUGUAAAGAAGGAGCUGGACCGAAUCAGCUUGGCACGAACACUGUCCCAUAUUCCUAUCGACCUCACGGAGCAUUUCCAAGCCACUCAGCGUGUAUGA